AUGGUUGACGACAGUCACCAGAAAGUGGCUCUGGGGGUCGUAGUCGCCUUUCCUAUUCUGGGAGGGAUCGCGGUCGUGCUGCGGUCAUGGAGUCGGUUUAUGACAGGAACACGGUUCGGACCUGGUGAAGACAUUAAAACGAACUAUGUGGGCAUCCACGAAUGGGACAUUCCCGCAGACUACAACAUAAAAACUGGCCUCAUUUGGAAUUUCGCCAACCAACUCAUCUAUAACCCCUGCCUCACAAUGGUCAAACUCUCGAUCCUCUUCUUCCUCCGCCGCCUCGAGUCACAAUCCCGGUCAGUCAACCUCCUCAUCUGGUCCACCACGAGCGUCACCAUCCUCCUCUUUCUCGCUGUUCUGUUCGUCGAUAUCUUUCAAUGCCACCCGAUCGCGUACGUCUACGACACCUCCCUCGCCAACGGCACCUGCAUCAACCAAGGGGCCUUCUAUGUCGCGACCGCCGCCAUCAAUUUGUUUACCGAUAUCCUCGUCGUCUCGAUCCCCACACUGAUCACCUUCCGCCUCCACAUGCCGUGGCGAAAGAAACUGGCCGUCUGCGUGAUAUUAUGUAUGGGGUUGAUAGCAACCGCAAUUGGCAUCUGGAGAAUCAUCCUCCUGGCGAACGGCUUCUUCCCGACCCACCCAGUCACCGACGCGACCUACGCCAUCGGCUUCUGCAGUUCCGCCGUCGAGGUGCAUGUUGCCGUCGUCGCCGCCUGCGCCCCGUGUCUCAAGGCGGUCCUCAGUCGCUACUGGCCGCGCCUCUUCGGGACGACCGACCAAUAUUCCUCCGGCAAGAACAUGUACGGCUAUGGCUAUGGUAGGAGUACGAGUACCUCAGGGUUCCGCCUUCGAUCCACCAAAAACGGUGGGAGAAUACAGGAUGGGGAUGGAAAUGGAGACGGGGGGAUGUUUGAACUCGCCGUAGCGGGACGACCACGACUGACCUCGGCCGAGAUGCUGCGCCGCGAGAUGCGGAAAUAUCAUGUGGGAGUGGAAGCCGGGGGUGGGAGAAAUGGGAGUGUGGAUUUGAGUUUGAGUAGUGAGGAAGGCAUCUUGGUGGGCAACGGGGGGGCGAUUGUCAAGAGGAUGGAUGUGCAGGUGCAGGUUAGUCGGAGUGAUGAAAAUGGGAGUGUGGAAGACGAGGAGGUGAGAGGGACCAAGAGGCAUCAGGGGGAGGGAAGUGUGGAUUGCUUGGUUUGA